GGGAAAACUGCCCUGGGAAAGAGAAGGAAAACCUGCUGCUGGUGGGAAAAGCAUCGAGGACACUUCGGGGGCUGUGACAGCAUCUCGAAGCUGCUUUUAGGAGGAGAGAGCAGCGGAGCCGCAGCAUCCCUGCGAUCGCACCAUGCCCCUGUCCCGCCACACCGGCCAAAUCCCGGAGUCCACCUGGACCUUGGGCUUCAGGGAGAUGACGGAGCCCUGGAAAGGCGCCGUGGGCUGCCUCGGCGUGGCCGUCUUCUUCGCCAUGACCAUCGGCAUCAUCUCGUGGCAGGCUCUGGAGCAGCCCCCGGAGGAGUGGGUGCUGCGGGGCCGGGAUGCGGGGAUGCUGUGGGAGCGCGGCCGCGGGGCGCUGCUGCUGCGGGCGCUGCCGGCCGGCCGGCCCGUGCUGGCCAUCGCCGUGGGCAGCGUGCCGGCCACCGAGCCCCCGCCGCCCCGCGACCGCUGCUGGCACGACGGAGGCCAGUUCUGCUAUUCCUGGGAGGAGGAUGCCGAGCUCCGGCUCUCCCUGGGGCCGCCGGCGGCUCCUGGAACCGAGUGCUACGGCGUGCGCUGGAGCCCGCUGCGCCCCGACGUGACCCUGAAGGACUGUUUUUCCAUGGCCAAUGUCUCCUGGUAUGGAGGGCCGAGCAUCCGUGCCCAGCGCUGGCCCCUCAACGGUGCCGAGAGCCCCGCGCAGCCCUUGGUCAGCGGCGACCUCAGCGCAAACCCCGACGGCUUCGGGCCUGUCCUGGAGAGAUAUUUCCUGGGAUCCACAGGAGUGACGGUGACAGUGGCUCCUGACGUGUCCCUGCUCCUGUCUCUGGAGAGCCAGCAGCAGUUCUGCCUGGAGAUGCCGGCAGGCCGAGAAGAGCCCCUGCAGUACCAGCUCUGUGUGAGCGCCGAUGUGGCGGCCGCCCACCGGCAUGCGGCCGGCGCUCCGGCGGGAGCAGCUCGGACACCGCCGGACACCGCGCUCCUGCGGUCUCCCAUCUGGCGGUACCACGGCCCGGAGGGUUCUGCCGCCAGACUCAGGCGAGGCCUGCGCUCGCUGCUGAGGAGGCUGAAGCGCCAUGGCCUUCAGGAGGGCGUGGUGGCCCUGGGAGAGCGUGGCACCGCCGUCCUUGCCGCCGCGGACCUCGUGCUCUCGGAGCGCGGGAAGAGGCAGGCCCCGGUGCUGGUGGAGCCUCUGGAGCUCUCCAUCACGCUGUCCCCGUACGCCAGCGUCACCUCCGCGCUCUUCCUGCGCUCCCUGCAGGGAGGAGAAGCCGCGGGAUACUGGCUCAGCCGCCAGCCCCGACCCGGGGGCAGCUUGAUCCCGCUGCUGACCACCUGGAAGGGGCAGCUCUGUGCCCGCCUGAACGUCACCAGCGAGGCAGCGCUGGGCUGGUACCUGGCUCGUGCCCGGCACCUGCGGCGAGCACUGGGGGCCACCUACGUGGCCUUUGAGGGAGUGGAGGGCAAUUCCUUCCUGGAGCAGGAUGUCCCUGCUCCUGCUGAGCUGGUGGGUGAUGGAUACACCAAGGUGCUGGCGGCGGCGCUGGCGACGCUGGGCAAUGACACCAUCAUCAGCGCCGGGACCAGAUCCAGCCACCUCCCGCUGUUUGUCCAGAUGAGUCCCCUGUGCUCUGACUGGAGCCACGCGGGGCUGAAGGGGCUCAUCCCCUCCGUGCUGCACUACAGCCUCCUGGGCUACAACUUCCUCAUCCCUGAUGCAGUAGGAGGGAGCGUGGCUGGAGCCACCCCGGGGGACCCAGAGCUGUUCGUGAGGUGGCUGCAAAUUGUGACAUUCCUGCCCGUGAUGGCUUUUGGGACCCCGCCCUGGCUCUGCUGUGACGCCUGGGUCGUGAAUCUGACCCGCCAGUGCAUCCAGAGGCACCGGGAUUUUGUCGUGCCACUGCUCCUAAAAUACACUGAGGAGUGGCAGAGUUUGGGAUACCCCAUCUUCCGUCCUGCCUGGUGGCUCAGCCCCACAGAUCCAGUUGCAUUCACCAUAGAGGAUGAGUUUCUCAUUGGAGAUGAGGUCCUGGUUGCUCCAAUAACAGAAAAGGGACAAACAUGGAGGGACAUCUACCUGCCAGGAGAGGGGCACCUCUGGCUGGACACCAACACUGCCCGAGUGUUUGAUGGUGGCACCACCCUGAGGAAUUACUCUGCCAGCCUGGCAGAGGUGCCAGUGUUUGUAAAAACCUCCUGAAUCCAGGCUGGGCAGCUCUGGGACAGAGACCUCCGAGGGCAGCGCUGGCCACAGGCGCUCCCUCUCCCUUCAGACUUCCAACCUCUUUGCACUUGUUUGUGUGUGUAUGUUCAGGUGGGCAUAUGCAGCAUUUCCAGACUCCUGGCACCAUGAUCAGAGAGGAUUUUCCAAGAGAUAAACAAACAUCAAGUUAUACCUGAGGGGAAGUUUUCUGUUGAAUGAAAAAAUUAAAUCUAGGGAAGAACUACUAGGAUAAUUUUGGUGCUGUGUGUGGCCACCUCCUGUGCUGAGCAAUGCUUCUUCCACCUGAGGCUGUGUGUGGUUUCCAGGUAGCAAGAGCCCACUUUUUGAGUAUAUUUGGGAAAAUGAGUGAAUUCCAGGCGUAUUUGAAACAGGUUUCUGAGGAAGAAAAAUAAACUCGAUCAAGCAGAGUGGCUCUCUCAGAGCACAAUGUGGA